GUUUAUUAUCAUGUUUAAAUAAUUAAUUCAUUAUCUAUAAUGUCACGAAUAUAAGCCUGGAAAAUGAGGCGGUUUUAGCUUAACGAUGAUCAAUACUUAAUCGCCGACUAAUGGACUUCUACAAUAGGUGAUUUUCGCCGAUAUGUUUAAACUGGAGUCGUACAUCACUCCCAUAUUGCUCAGUUAUGUCGAUCGGUACAUUAAGAACUUCAAACUUGAAGAUUCUCAAGUAUCAUUAUGGGGCGGAGACGCAUCAUUUCACAACUUAGACUUGCGAUUGGAUGUGUUAGAACAAGAGCUACAUCUACCCUUUAGUUUUGUGUCUGGUCAUAUUAGGGAAUUACUUAUACAUGUACCAUGGACUAAACUAAACUCACAACCAAUUACCAUAACUAUUAAUACUAUAGAAUGCAUAUUAAAAUUAAGAGGGACAGACUCUACUGCUUCUCCAGAAGCAGCAAGAGCUGCCAGGGAAAAGCAAAAAAGGCCAAGCACAAAGCAAGAAGUUGAAGCCCCACCUGGUUAUGUCCAAUUAUUAAUAAAUAAAAUAGUUAGUAACAUAAGCAUAUACUGUAAUAAUUUAAUUUUAAAAUAUGUGGAAGAAGACAUAGUAAUGUCUAUGAAUGUUAAACACCUGAAAUUUGAAUCAGCAAAUGAGAAAUGGGAACCAGCAUUUUCAGAUCUUUCCCCAGUGCAGGUAAUGCUCAGAAAAAUAGUAGCCGUGAAUGACUUAACCCUAUGUCUGGACAAGAGGAAUGCAGCCGGAAAAAUCGACAUUUAUCAAGAGCCUAUGCUAUACAGAUGCUCAAUGACGAUGCAUCUGCUGAGACACUAUCACUCAGCCACUGCCAGCAGAGCCUCAACAACCAGACUAGAUAUUUAUUGCAACAAAAUGCAGUUUAGCAUGACUGAACAACAAGUGCCAAUGCUGAUGCGUUUAAUAAUGCUACUCUACGCACUGCAGCAAAAACAACUGAAGCCUGACAACGUUACCCCAAUUGUGUCUCAAAGUUCGCUGGCUGAAAUCAGAGAUAUGACGGAACAGACUGAAACUUGGACGGGGUGGGCGUGGUCCUACGUCUCGUCCGUCCUGCCAAUGCAGUGGGAGGAGGACUGGAACAAUCAACAGCCAAGUCCAAGUGGACACACUCUACAAAUCGGAUUUUACGUCGACAAUUUGUCGAUUACCUUCAAGGUGUCGGAAACCAGCCCGUCCGACCGCGGUUACUACUCCCAAAAGAAACUGAAAUACUGGCCUAUGCUUCAGCUUCAACUGCAAGGUAUUUACAGCGAGACGAUCACCCACGGCAUGAAAUGGUUGAACGCGAGUUUUGGCAUCGGCGAGGCCUUGUUGUUGCCGCAGGGUUGCUGUAGUUGUGCCCAGGAGGAGGUCAAGGAUGGAUCUGUACCAGUUCCCUACCUGAAACUAGGUGCUGUCACGAAUUUCCACAAAACGGACUCGCUGUUCGAUGCUGAGGCGGUGGAGAACAAGGGUGAGAGGCGUAACUACAACCUGUCAUGGGAUUAUCACAUGAUGACGUUCACCGAGUCCGUGCUGUUGGAACGGACCUCUGCUUUUGCUUUGGACUACGUCUAUCAGAUGGAAUUGCCGGAGGAUAUGACCAGUGAACGAUUGUCUGAAAUCGGAAGCGACUACGAAUUCAGUAACCUUUCGGAAAUGUCCAACUUGAGGGUGUGCUUUGGGCCCUUUAAGUUAAAGUUGUGUUCGGGAUUCUUUCACCGGAUACAGUCCUUGAGAGUCGCAGCUUCCUAUUACGAUUAUGCACCGUACAGUACACCAAAACCAGACCUAGGUCUUAACGAACUCUUGCCACCGUCAGAAGACGAUUUCGACGCCUUAAACGCAUAUAUUUCGGGCCGUUCAACCAGAAUCACCUUCUUCGCACCGAUAAUUGAAAUGCAACUGAUGGACCAUCCCUUCUUCCUCCCCACAAAAGGCACCAUAUUCAGAAAACGGAAAAAGAACUCAGCAGCUUCGGCACCCAAGAUUUUGCCGGAACUACCUAAAGUCACGGUGGAAUGUCAGUUCUUAGACGUGACAAUUACAACUCCCAUGUACGUGAACAGAUUGGUACACACGACAUGCCAGUUGCCAGAUCCGCCGCCCCAAAUGUUCGACGCCUGUUACUACAAGGUUUCUGUUAAGGUUCUCGGACUGUGCAGCAAAUUAUUGAUCAACCCCCAGCGACACACUACGAUCAUAACGCCUUGCAGCGCAUCUUACUUUUCCAAAAGCAUUUUAAAACCUCAAUACUGGAUCAACUCGAACAUUCCUCACAGAGAACGCACCUUCGAAUCCGAAGGCGUGACCUUAAACGCCACCAAGGCGAAAAUGAUGGUGGUCUGCGAAAUUAUAGACAAGAUGAUAAAGCUGGAUCCGUGCGGAACGGUGAACUCCAUUCACAACACCACGUUGCUGAUUGACGCGUCCAAAGAUUUCGGUUUGCCGUACAUAGAACUGUGCGUUGAAGGCAUCAGGUUCAGACAAGUCACCACCAACACCACCGUUUCGACAGAUAUGAGCGCCGGGUCCAUCAAAGCCUUCAUCCUGGAACCGCUUGAGAUAAAAGUCAAGGGACGGGAGGGUUUCGUUUCCAGGGACAUACAACAGGUGUUGUUCAUCUCUGGGCCGGAACCGAGGAAGGAUCAGCCCGUUAAAAGUCUGGCGGAAGAAAUGCCCUUGUUCUCCGCAACCGUUCAAUAUCCGCUAGAUCCGGACGUGCAAGCACACCCGCCAAUUUUGGUGUUCAAUUUGCAGGAGAUCCGGAUAUGCGUGGAUCCGAUGCUUUGCAGGUGGAUGCUGUACUCGCCCAAGCAGGUGCCGCAGAAUAAAUUAGACUUUUUGGACUCGAUUCACAAGAGGAAGAACAUUUCGGAGGCGAGUGGAAGUAUCAUAGAGACGCCCAGGAAGUUCAGUCAAUUGGAAUCAGUCCACAGUAGUUCAGAGAAAGAGCUGACCGUAAGUGUGCCGUCGAAGAAAAUUAAAAUUCAGAAAGAAGGUGAAGUGGAUGUUCAAGAGCAUAUUUACAAUGUUCUGAAAAAAUGGUUUGACGUUUGGAAAGGAAUGUUAUUAUCGGGUGAUAUAUCCCAAUGCACCAUCUACUUCCCAAUGGAAUCACUUUCGGCAGUUGGAGCUCAAGGCAUUCAAGAGGCAAUUGAACAGGCGAUAAACAGAAACAAUCCGCCAGAAAUUAUGAUAAUAACAUUGCCAUUCGCCAGCAUCAGAAGCCAGAAACGUCACAACAUCCAAAACUAUUUAAAAUCUCUACCGGUGAUUCUGCCCGAAAACAUUUGGACAUCGGACCGCUCCAGCUUUCCUUGGACCAUGUCCAUCUCAGACCUAAGUUGUUACUCCAUCCAAUUCGGCAAAAAACUAACAUUCCUUCAACCAGUCUCGUUGAACGCAACGGUCGGAUUGUCAGCGAAACCUUGCAAAGAGAAAGCCCAACCGGAAAACGAAAUAACCGGACCAAGUAACAAAAAAGAUUUAGGCUAUUUGGGAAUAUGCGUUCACAUCGAUAUGACUCCUGUAGUCAUAAGCACUUGCGAAGUCCAAGUAUAUUUGUUCGCCAGCAUUUUAUACGGGCUGAUGGAAGUUGUGACCAAUUUAACACCAGACAAACCCAAUUGUCAGAAAGCCCCUGAAUUAUUACCUCCUUUGCCGCCGAAAAGCGGUGGUUCGACUCUAACCCCGACUCUCAUAAGGGAAAGUACGGAAUCCAUGAGCGAAACGACGCCUCCCAUCACUUCGCAAACAGAAAUCAUGGACAAGGAUAACGUGCGGCUCACCGCUUGGGUACAGUGGACCAUCACGAGGUUUACGGUGGAACUGCUGAGCGACGAGUACAAAGUCAAAUGCGGUGAGGACCCGGAAAACAUCCAUCCGCAUUUGAAGCUGGUCAUCGACGCGGAGGAUAUUGUCAGCUCUUUGGACUUCCAAAGCAUUUAUUUAAAGAUUAAAAGCAAAAUCGGCUCCCUUUCAAUCCAACACUACAAACGCAGUACACCCAACUCCCAUUGGCGUCCGGGUCCGUUUUCUGGUAUUGUCAUGCGGUUACAAGAAGACGUCUCAACGGGACAAAGGCACGAGGACAACGGUUUCAUCAGCAUCACAAUAACCAGGGCCAGUUGCAAGCAUACGCACACGUUGUGGGGUGCCGUGCAGAAGAAGCAGAAGGACAAGAAAUCGGAAUUGUUUAACAUGAUGUCUACGACCAGAUACAUAACGGAAAUCGUCGUAAACAUCCAGCCAAUCGAUUUCGUGCUGUCGCUCAAGACUUUGAGGAGCUUUUAUUUGGUUCUGGCGCCCCUUUUGCAGAUACCUAAGCCGAAAAACAAGACGGAAACUGAGGGUACUGUUCUGUCCUAUCUUAACAAUCAGGUGUUACCAUUGGCUUAUGUGGAAUGUCAAGAUAUUAGGGUGAUAAUGCCCAGUUGUGAGCUGGGUUCCGCCAAAACGGGCCACGACGUUUACGUAUUGCAAGUACACAGGAUUUCCUUGAAUCCCACAGCCGUUAAUCCCAUAAUUCGAGUACCAGUACGACCUGACAUUUAUGAACAAGCUGCUCACGCACGUAUUCUCAACAUUCCUGGAAGUGACGUGGAAGAUCGCCAGUAUCAACUGGACAUAAUCGGAAUGUCAAUUAGUACAGGCCCUUGGGAGGAUAUAGAUCCUGUUUUGAGCAGCAGUAACAGCGUUAAUUCAACAUUAAGGGCACUAAGCGAAAAUCCUGCUUUGGAAUGGAACAAUUUGGAGCAAGGCCAACCCAACAUGACACCCAUGUUAAACCUAUGGCCAGUUACUGACAAGUUCGACAUUUCUGUGGUGGCGGCCCCGGCUAUGAUCUACCAUGAUCACACAGUAAUCUGCGGCAACUCCAUGGAAGUAAACUUUGUGACCGACAUUUUCGUUUAUUUAUCCUUAGAACAAAUCAAAUUGUCGUCUGCUUUGGUGGGUGAAUUUUUCUAUCUAUUAGAACCUUUUAUUCUGAAGGACGAAAUUUCCAAAAGACCUAAGAUUAAAUUGCCUUACACCUCAGAGAAAAUCUCCGAAACUAUUUAUUAUGAAUACGAUGACGACGAUGCGGAUGCUCAAAGAGAUUCAGGGAUUGAUACGUCGGAUAUUCGCAGUUUAACGUCGUUUAAAGCUAUUGCUCCUACUGGUGGAUCAGUGGUGGUGCCUACCAUAUCAGAAAGUGAAAGAUUGUACGUAUUUCCAAGGCCACCGAAUCCUCUUCCACCGGCUCACAAUGUUGUUCCGGUCGAAGUGCUUAUAACGGCAGGAAAAAUUAUCUUGUCACUGUAUCAGAUGGACAGAAGCGAACGGGGACGGUCUCUUUACCUUAAAAGAAAAAAAUCAUCAAAAGAAGAUCAAUCAUAUCAAUCGUCAGAAGAAACAACGGACACGGAAAACAGUAAACUCUACACACCCCUAAUUUACGUAGCCCUAAACCAACCCAAUUGUUUCAUUUCCAAGCAACACAUGGGCAGAAAAUUCCAAAUUUCAUGCUUCGACCUCAACGUCAAAUUCACGGACCCCGAAUUUUCGCCAGUGGAUCAUGUGCCAAUCGAACCAGACUUCCCCCUCAGUCUGGUUGAAACAAAGUCCGGCUCUCCCGACCCCAAUACUGGCAUUUUGCCCGCCUUCCUUACAUUGAGACUUACGAGAGGUUUGACCCGAAACGCCACCUUGGACGUGGACAUUUCGCGACCAAUUAAAAUACUUUGCUCUUCAUCCAAGUGGUCGCACCUGGCCAAGAUCAAGGACCGAGUGACGCAGGCAUUCAAAACCGACACCAGAACCAGUUUCGUGAGUGUCACGUCCGAAAACAAAUCGUAUCACUCGCAGGAUGUAACGUUCGGCGGAGUCAAGAGCAUAAAGUACGGCGAAACGUACGCCAAGUUUCAGGAAAUGAAAGACGCCCUGUGCGGAAUCCAGGCGAUUAACGUGCAUUGUUCGCAGCUUCUUUUCGCCAUGAUCAGUCGUACAGGCCACGAGGUCAAUUUGAGUUGCAACAGCAUGAGAAGCGAACUUGUUCUGUGCAGUCGUCCGGAGAAAAUCACCAAUUCCUUCACGUUGAAGUGUUUAACUCUGACGGUGGUCAAGGAGAACUUCAGGAAGAUCCUGCUGAAUCCAUGGACGUUGACGUUCGAGCUUUGCUUGUUUUGGGAAAGCUGGCAGACAGCAGAAAGCGAACCUAAGAUACAACUAACGGCAGAAAGCGAUUGUAUUAUAUUCGACGUCAGUCCUGCGCACGUGCAGUGCGUCCAGAUGGUUUUGAAAGACUUGCAAGAGUUUAUCAGCAAAUUACCGAAGAAGGAAAGGGAAUGGAAACAACCGGAACCUGUUUCGGACAAAGAUCAACAUUAUAAAGACGAUUUAAGGGCUGGCGCCUUCCAAUUCGUGGACGCAAACAGCAACACUACUGACGAACUACCCCUGCCGUAUCAAGUCAUGUUCUGGACCAAAGAUAUAUCCGCCAUGGCUUGGCGUUAUCCACAACCUCGAGCUCUUACGAAAGUCAGAGUAUUUCCCGUGCCAUACAAAAUCACUAUGGACACCGAGGAUGACUUGGAAGUUCUGUGCAAACUGGAGUACUGGAGCGACGUCAGGAACUGUUAUCUACCUUACACGGAAUUUUAUUUGUCUGAGAACGACGUGUGUCACCUGAACUUGCCCAAAAGCCACCCCCAAAUAAUCGUAGCCUGCACUUGGCGAGUCGUUAUAAACACCUUCAACAAAUCGGACGACGACAAAAACUUCCAAGAUGUUUUUGUAUCGCCACGAGCUUUAGCCGCCUGCAUGCGCAUCGAUUCUUACUUCAACCGCAAUUUAAUACCCAACUUUUCCGCCGCCCUUUACAUAACUAAAAUCGACGUCAAUUUGUACAGUUACAUCAACAAGAAAUCUGAACAGCAAUUGCCCAAGUGUUUGCGAAAUUACAAACCUGACAUUUUAAUUCCGGAAAAUCAAAAAUUUUUAGUCCUGACUUGGGACAACCUUACUUCUUAUUUAACCAGCUGGAACAUGGAAAUGUUCUCGUUCGAAAUGAGUGCCUCAACCAAGUCCAGCGUUUUAGACUACACAUAUUUAACGGAACAACCCCUUUUGGACCCGUUCACCUACAAAUUAGAAGUAAGCAUGUCUGAUAGUUUGCGCCUAAACUUUCUUUCAAGACCAAUACAGUUGAGAAUCGGUCCGAAUAUCGCACAUACUUUAGCAGUGAGCGGCCAAUUGUGGUCUCAAAGUGUUACAAACUCCGAAAAAAAUGACUUCAUUAUAGUGUCAAGGUACGUGGUUUGUAAUGACACCAACGUGAACAUCAGGUUCGGCCAAACUUCUACAGACGAAGACAUUCUUCUGAUGCCCAGGCAUUUUCAUUUAUAUUGUUGGAGAACGCAGAAGAGGAAGCAGGAAAUGAGGAUUGCUUUGGAACAGAACGAGUGGAUUUGGAGCAGAACCAUUAAAAUCCAACAUGAUGGCAUACAAGUGGUAAAAAUGAGCUCUGGCCAGAACUUAAGGAUUUUAGUCACAAUUAAAUCUUUGUCUUCAACGCAAAAACAAAUAAUCUUUUCAGCACAACUUACUGUGGCAAAUAUGUUGUUGGAACCAUUCGAGUUCAAGGUGGUGACGGCACAAACUGACAAAGAAAGUAAAGAAACUGAAUUUAAGUCGGCCACAGCCCACGUCAUUGGACCCAGACUACCGACCCCAUCAAUCCUACUAAAUACCGAUAAGGAAUACUUUCUGCGAAUGCGUUUUUACGGCUUGGAAUCGACAUGGACGGGCGAUAUACCCCUCAGAGAACACACCACGGGUUCGCAGCCCUGGUUGGUGAAAGUACCGUUGCAGGAGAAGGGACAGUUCCUGAGCAUCUGGGUCAGGGUGGUGACACAAGAGAUCGACAGUACGAACAGGAUCCUGGCAAUGUUGUGGCCACUGUUCGCGAUCCGGUCGAGUUUGCCCAUUAAUGCGGAGGUGCACAUCGAAACGCCGACGUUGAAGGUGCAGUUGGAUUCAAUCGUGAGAGGUAAAGGGGAGGUGCAACAACUAUACUGUCCCGGAACUAUUGAUCAUUCCCACAAUUUAUCCUUCAAGCUUGAAAAUGGCAUUACAACGCCCACUCCUUAUGUACCGUUGCACUAUAGUCUGGUGGACCAACAAAGCUUCUUCAGGAACAUGGACACGGAAGAUGUGGACCACAUACUGGAAGUUCUGGCCGACUUUAACGAAACUAAGUGGCCGAAUUUCGGGGAUGAACUCGACAACAUCGAUUGGAUCAUCGGCGAACAACCCAUGACACACGUUAAAGUGAGAUACAGAAACGCUUGUCAGUACUCGAGUUCCUUGAUGCUGGAACUUUAUCCGUGGUGCAUGAUCGUGAACACAUUCGGCGGCCCAGUCAGUUUCCUGUUGAGCAGAAACAAGGUGAACCUGUGUCGUAUUCCGCACAACGGGAUCGUCGCUCCUCCCACCAUGGAGGAGAACUUCCACAUUUCUGUGCACAUAAAAGGCACCUGGUACACGUCGGCGCCCCUGCAACUUGCCAAAUCCGAUUGGAGCCAAACUUUCUACAUGCCAAAGAUCACCGGAACCAUUCCGCUAGACGGAAACGUCACCGAAGCUAUUUACUGUGAUAAAUACGUUGCCAUGCUUUCCAUAUCCAGCACCAUUUCCAACGAGAUAAGACUGUUACGAGUGGCGUCCACUCAUGUGCUGUGCAAUUUGACUAACAUUUCGCUGCAGGUUUUGUGCUUUGUCAUUCCUGACGUUGAAGAAAUCUUCGAGCUACCGUUCAGUACGAAAGUUAGUACUGUUAACGUCCGGCCUACUCAAGAACAUGACGGAGUUUCUAUUAAGAGAUGGUUGAAUGUAACUGGCGAGUUUGAUAACGUAGACUUUGCCUUUUACAUGACGUUCUCAAUCAAACCUGAGCUGGGUUGGUCUUGUCCAGUCAGGGUGGAUAAGCCAACUGUAAGAAGAAGUUUGUGCCUCUCUGAUGACAAAUUUGCGGUUCCAAUUUGUUUGACAACAACAGAACAUAAAGGCCAAACAUUUGUUGCCAUUAAUCACGAUCCAAGGCCGCAAAUAUUUAUAGAAAACAAGAGCAACGUUCAUUUAUUGUGCGCACAAAUAUCCCCAGAGUAUACGACGGUAAAAGAAAGUCAGCAUUUCGAAUGGAACUGUGAGAUCUUGCCAAAUUCCAGUAUUUAUUACACGAUGCCGUUGAUGUCGGAAAAGUUUCCGGAAAUUCCGCCGACCAACUAUGCGGAACUACUGUGCUUCGGAAGUAAAAACAAAAAUGAUGGAAAAAAAGUUAAGUGGUCUGAACACAUUAAUAUAACUGUGGACAAUGAGCAGUUCCUAAGGGUACCCUAUUUUGGUGACCUUAAAGUCUCAAUUAUUAAUAACGCCAUGUUUACUCACAUUUUAUUGGAAUCCGUUAGUUUGGUUGAAAUCAGUGCCAGAGACAUAAGAGUGAGAUUGUCUUUAAACACAAGCAUUCCUGACACUGCUGAAUUCACAGAAAACGGCCUACAGAGAAGUAUUUCAACGGAUACGACAGAUGAUAUUGCAGUACCAGAAGAACAGGUAUUCCUCCAAAACUUACACACAAUGUAUGAUCAGCAUAAAAUGAUGUUGGUCCCCCCAUCGUCGACGAGAACUUCAAGAUCCAUCGAACGCAAUCGUUCAGUUCAGGUCAACACCAUACCCAUGAACGACAGAUGGAAAUCGGUGGAAAUAAAAGUAUUCUUAAAAUCAUUUUCUACAACUCUUUCGACUGAACUGAGAACUCCCCGAGAAAGAUGCGAACUCGCCAGUUUCACCUGUGAUAACGUCGCUGUGGGAAUCACACAGACUGAUGUCCUGACCGUUAAUCUAGUAGUCUCCGACAUACAAUUUGACAAUCAACUGUAUUCAAGGGAGUCGUACGACUUCCCGGUGGUGUUCAUCGGCCAGGCCCAAAAUCAGGACCGCAAACUCGGUUCUUUAAACGUGCCCAUCGAGGUUCUCCUUCUAGACACCACCGACGCCCUCCUGGUGGUGGACGCGGUCCUCGAAUCGUUCCCGGACCCGGUGCGCAAUUCCAAAAUAACGUGUGCCAAAAGCGUGAACAUCUCACUGCAACCGAUCAGCUGUUACAUAGAGGACGUGUACAUCACGCGCUUGAACAACUGCCUCAAGAUAUUCUCGCCCUCGAAACUCGUACUGUGGGCGCCUCCCAAAGGUUUGAUGACUACGAACCGGAGCAGGUUUGUCUACGUACCGGACAUCAUAGCUUGGCAACUAGCUUUGGCGUCGUCACCUUUGACCGUCUCUGCGAUCACCAUAUCACCAGUGUCGAUUUUGUUGUCGGUACAUUGUUCCAUCAAGUUGUACAUCGCGUUGGACCAGUCGCCGCUGCAGUUCGGCAAGUUCGAAAGGCGGAGACUCUUCACCACGCCCUACAGACUGGGCCACGCACUGACCAUGCACUACCUGUCCGGCGCAAUAUUCCGGGCCGGCUGGGUGGUUAGUUCGCUGGAACUGCUGGGCAGUCCCGGAGGUUUGGCCCGGGCUAUGGGCACCGGACUCCGAGAUUUCGUCAGUUUACCCUACAGAGGUCUGGUGCAAGGACCGAUGGCGUUUUUACGCGGCGUCACCCAGGGAUCCGCCUCAUUGAUGUGGCACAUCACGUCCGGCACGUUGCAGAGCGUCACGAAGCUGGCAUCGAGCGUUGCCAGGAAUUUAGAUCGGUUGACGUUGGACGAGGAGCACUUGCGCAGAACGGAGGAACAAAGGCGACAGCGACCGCAGGGACUGGCGCAAGGAUUCAUGCAGGGUCUUACUGGAUUAGGCAUAAGUAUAUUAGGAGCAGUGGGUGGCAUAGCACACCAUCCUCUGCAAUCUGUGAUGUCCGACGGAGCGUCCCCUCGUGCUCUGGCAGCGGGUGUAGGCUUGGGACUUGUGGGAGUCAUAACCAAGCCUCUGAGUGGUGCAGCUGAAUUAUUGGCACUCACCGGACAAGGCUUACUCCAAGGGGCUGGCUGGAAUUCACUUCCAGAAGCUAGAAAUCAACCUGUUUUGUUCCAAAUCUACACCAGUCCCAAUUCAGUUGUAAAAUACAGUUGGAAACUAUCCAGCGCAUUGUCCAACUCUAACAUAUUAUACGCAACAGACGCAACUUUAAUAAACAACUCCGAUUUCGAAGCUACCGCUUUAAUACUAACAUCCGAGGCCUUAGUCAUAAUUAACACAGAAGAAGACAGGACUGAUAAAGUAUUGAGCCUAUCCGAGUUGAGCUCCAUUCCCAGCACGGAUCCAACACUUCUAAUAUUAAGCGUGACACCCAAAAUACAACCGAUUAAACAGGAUGAUGAAAACGCAAUUCAAAUGGAUCCCGUAUCUAGAGCUAGAGUGGCAGAUUACGUAAGGAACACCGUCGGUUUGCUCAAUUUGCAGGAGAACGUGAGCUCGGAAAUUAGUGUGUCGCCGUUGGUGAGCCCCGCAAUGUCCACCACGUCCGCUCAAGAUUUAUCAACCACGUAUUCGUUUUACGUUAAUCCGCAGAACAAAAGCUACUUCCUGUGUAUACUAUCCUUGGCUCAACAACAACAUCCCAAUUAUCAUUUUCCAGUAUUGUGAAAUUGUGAUUUUAAUAUAUUAGAUACCGUAUAAGAUCCGUGACUGUAUUUUAUUAUUUUGAAUAUACAUUAUUGUUAAAACUUU